UGUCCACGCAUUUUACACAGUCAAGUUGGGUUUUUCCCUUCAGAAUGGUCUACCCUUUAUUUUGUAAUGGACGAUGAUACAUUGUGAAGAUAAUUAAACUUUUUUACAGAUUUUGCUUAACUUGUAAUGUUUUUGUAUUACUAGUAUCUGUUCUGAGUUCUUCUAGUUAGACUACCUGAUAUAGGAACUUGUAUUGUGCCCACCUAACUGACCCUACCCAGAGUAUCCUGUUCCAGUCUGAACUAAUAAGCAUCUUCGUUUAAGUUUAUAUUCUGCAAAUAUAUGUUGUCUUGUGUUUUGUAGUGCAUAAUAUAUUCUUUUGGGAACUGCAUCUUUAUUUUCUAUUCAUUUACACUCCUUUUGUACUUAGUUUAAUACUUGUAAAUAUUACCUUUUCAAGGUGGGGCAUUUGUGUCUCGUUUUGGAGCUUACCUAUGCUGUCAAAACUAAUAAAUAUAAAUAUAUUUUGAUUGAUAAGAUUCGUCGUGGCAUGCUCGUUUGGUUGCAUGUAGGAAUCAGUAUCUCCUAGAGGCUAGGAAGUCGUAUUUUCCUUGAAGUUCCAAUUCCUAGGAAAUGGUAAAGUUAAUUUGGUUGAUCAUGGGAAGAAAAAUUUCCCAUGGAAAGUUUUAGUUACCUAGGUCUCCCCUAGGUAAGGAACUUCAUUUUGUGGAGAGUAGAAGUUCUUAAGAAGUGCAACUUCCUACAUCAUUAUCAACCAAAUAACCUGACUAUAUCUUACUUCCUAGAAAGUUCUACUUCUCAUGAAUUAUUAUGUCAACCAAACAACCUCUAAAUAUUAAAAGUGUUUUUGAGUUGAAGAAAAUAGUGCAGAUCUGAAAAGAUGGUUGAAGCCUUGUAAACUUGGCUAUAGCUUAAAACUUUGUGAGCAUUUCAUCAUUAUGUUGAAGUGGGUUAACGUAAGAGGUGCUAAUCCAAUAUGAUCUUUAGAUUUACAAAAUAUCAAUAUUCUUUGAAGAUAUUAAUAUGAUUAUCUCUUUAGUAGUGCUCUCUCGACUUUUGUACUACUUUUUGCUUUUGAUCUGUUGGUGCUUUUUCCCAGUUUAAAAUUUGACUCUGUAACUUAAGGGGUAUUUAUGCUGCAGCAAAUAGUAGCUUUUUAAGGUUUUUACCUCUUCAACACUGCAUUGUUUCGUCGUGUUCUGUUUGGCAUCAUCUUAAGGAAGAUUUUAAUAUUUUAAGGAUUUCUCAUUAGUGCCCACAUGACCCCCUGUGUCACUUUGUGCUUUUGACUGUCUUUUGUCUUUCAUACUAGUCCUUUUUUUUUGUUGCUUUAGAUUUGCACACCUUAUAUGGCACAAACAACACUACUACAAGAUAAGGGUAAGAAAAAGGUCCAGUCCUACAGUGCAGAUUGGUUUUAGAGUUUAGAAGACUUUCCAAGAAGGUUUAUUUCCUUAUCAUAGUGUUACCUAAUUUGUGUUUCGAAAUGGGGUAAAAAAAAUGUUAUUCUUUAAUCUUUACAUAAUGUUGUCAUUAUUAGCUAGCCAAAUAGUCACAUGACCGUUCUUAAAUUUUAAAGCUCAUAUUAGGAUCCUUGCCUUUUACUAGCAGCAUGAAGAGAAUUCAUCUUUGUAAUAAGCUAGUUUAGCUUAGUAGUUUCUCUUGUAAUGAUGGGUUACCCAAAAUUUUUUAGUCCUACAACAAUUUUCUUUUUAGGUGAUUAAACUAUGUCGGAAUUUUGGACAAAGUUCAUUAAACUAUCCUUGAUUUGUGACACUGUGUUUGUUCAGUGUAGCAGCCGAAAUUGUAUUUAAAGGUUAGAUUAACACUCUAGUACACAUUAGCAUUUCCUCUCUCAUCACAUACAUAUAUUACACUCUUAAAGCUCAUCAAUUUUUAAAUCUAGCUAUAAAUUUUUGCUUGUUUAGCUCUUUGAUAAUAUCCACACACCAACUCUCAUUUUUAUGUCUCUCACUUCACACUUGCAUAGCUAAAUCUCUUGGCAAUCUGAUCUGUGAUUGGAGAACUGAAUUAUAAUCAUUUUCUAGCUGGCAUAUUCUAACAACUUUGACAUUGGAUCAACCAAUGACAUCAACUUCCUAAUUUGCUGACGAAAUUAAAAUAAAAAAACUUCGACAAAAAAAAUUCAAAGAUUCUUCACUUUUUUAACUUCUAACUAGCAAUUAUUAGAGACAUGAUCUAAUUCAUGUGAAUUGUUUUAGCAUAGGAUUAGUGAUAUUCUAUAGAUUUCCCAUCAGCAUUCCCCACACACCACUUUCUUUAGUGAAAAGCUUUGUUGCUUUCAUAUUGCUGUGAUAAUGUCUUAUCCUCCUUUCACCUUAAUAUAUAUCUCUGUUCAUCAUCUAUCUUGGGGAACACUUUGACUUGGGCAAACGAGAUAUGUUUCUCGUUAGCACAGCUAUCUUAGCAUGCAUCACUUGGACAUGGCUUUUGCUAGCUUUUCCAUGUACAGUGCAGGCCUCAUUCUCAAAUCCAUCCACCAUGCUUACUGCUGCAAACACCACAAAGCCUGGAUGCCCACGCAUGUGUGGUAACUUGACGAUCCCUUACCCUUUUGGCAUUGGAAAAGAUUGUGCCAUGGGUGAUGAUUAUGUCAUAAAAUGUAUUACUGUAAAUGGUACCACAUAUGCUGUGUAUGUUGAUGAUUCUACAGCAGCUCUAGACAUAUCUGAGACUGAGUUGACACUAACAGCUACUCCAGCGGCUCAAUCUUGCAACUCUGUUGGAACAACAGUUGAGAAUCGGUAUGGCAGCUUUCAUGUCACAGGCAAACCUUAUGCUCUGUCAUCGACUGCCAAUAAGUUUAUUGUCACUGGUUGUCAUCAUUAUGGAUUAAUUGAGGCACAAACAAGGGCUGGUCGGAAAGUUAUUAGUUGUGUGGCCUUGUGUACGAAGGUGGAGGAUUUACUUGACGAAACAUGUUCUGGACUUGGUUGCUGUGAAGCUCAUAUUCCCAAGGGAUUACAAGACUUCAAUGCAAGUUUGGAAAAGAUAGUGUAUAACACAACUGUCUCAUCUGGGAACUGCAGCUAUGCCUUCAUAGCUAAACACUCGAGCAUCAACUUCCGUCGAGCUAUUGAUCUUCUGGACCCCAGAUUUGCUUCUGGGGUGGAAGUCAUGUCAGCUGUACUAGAUUGGUUUAUUGCUAAUGCAACCUGCAGAGUUGCUCAGAGAAACUCAGCUACAUAUGCUUGCCAACAGAAUACAAGUUGCAUUGAUCUUGAUAAGGAUCUCAAUGUCCACGGAUAUCGCUGUAAAUGUUUAUCUGGGUAUGAGGGUAAUCCUUAUCUCAGUCCAGGUUGUACAGACAUUAACGAGUGCAAAGGAUCUAGUAAUCCUUGCUCUGGGAUAUGUAUGAAUACUCCAGGAAGCUAUAAAUGUCAUUGCCCGAAAGGUUAUCGCGGUGAUGGCAGAAAAGAUGGGACUGGUUGUCUGGACAAGAGCUUGUCACUAGCCUUUCCUCUUGGACUUGGCAUAGGCUUGGGAUCUAUACUUUUCAUCUUGGGUGGAUAUUGGCUUUUGAUUGUAGCAAGGAGAAGAAAGAAGACUGUACAAAAGACUAAAAACUUUGAGCGGAAUGGUGGUUUGCUAUUGCAACAACAAAUGUCAUCUACAGAUGGAAUGGUAGAGACAACAAGAGUUUACACUGCAGAUGAACUUGAGAAAGCUACUGAUAACUACAACGAAGACAGAGUGCUCGGUCAGGGAGGCCAGGGUACAGUCUACAAAGGUAUGUUAAGUGAUGGAAACAUUGUUGCUAUAAAGAAAUCCAAGAUAGGAAGUAACAAUCAGUUGCGUCAAUUCAUCAAUGAGGUGGUUAUAUUAUCACAAAUCAACCACAGAAAUAUAGUCAAAUUGUUGGGAUGUUGUUUGGAGACAGAAGUUCCACUACUAGUUUAUGAGUUUGUCCCAAAUGGGACUCUUUCUAUGCACAUUCAUGGUUCUAGGGAAGACUUCCCAAUUACAUGGGAAAUGCGUUUGCAAAUUGCUAUAGAUGUAGCAGGAGCGCUCACUUACUUGCAUUCAGCAUCCUCAAAGCCUAUCUUUCAUAGAGACAUCAAAACCUCCAACAUACUUCUUGAUUUAAAAUACAGAGCAAAGUUAUCAGAUUUUGGGACAUCAAGAACGGUUGAUGUGGAUCAAACUCAUUUAACCACUCGUGUUCAAGGUACAUUUGGGUAUUUAGAUCCUGAAUACUUCCGGUCCAAUCAAUUUACGGAAAAGAGUGAUGUUUAUGGCUUUGGAGUAGUUCUUGUGGAGCUUUUGACAGGGAAGAGAGCAAUUAUUCCCACUGAAUCUCAUAACGGGAUGAGUCUUGUUUCUUGGUUUUUAUCGGCUAUUGAAAAUUCCAACUUGUGUGACAAUUUGGCUGCUCGAGUUGCAAAUGAAGGUACGGAAGAUACGAUCCUUGCCGUUGCCUACCUUGCUAAAAGGUGUCUGAACAUGGAUGGGAAGCAAAGGCCAACAAUGAGGGAAGUUGCUGUAGAGUUAGAGAUGAUCAGUCAACUUCAUCAUGCGCCUGUUUCAGCUCAAAAGAACCUCCCAAAGGUCAGUGUGAAGACAUUAGCAGAGAUUACAGAUUGUCCAAGUGAUUAUCCUUUGCCUCCAUACACAUCUUGCACAGAAGAAGAUUGGUCUUUGCCUUCGAACUGGUCUACAGCUUCUGCAAUUCAACAAUACACUUUCAAUAAAAGCUCAUGAUGACACGUGGUCUGUUCUAAACUCCACUGUUAACACCUAGAAUUUUUCGCUGUUUUCAUAUCAAUUGUAUUUCUAGUGAUUAUGUCACAACUAGAGAAUCCAUGCACUAGCUGAGCUGCUAAGUUUUGUUUGUUAUUUUACUUUUUGGUUCAUAUGGUGUUCGAUUGAUCAGCAAUUCUGCUCUGUGCUACUUGUAUAUGAAGUCUGAACUAUUAAUCCAUUAGUAUCAUUUAAGAAGUUUUGUGCAAA